AUGGCCUCGCAAAUCCUUCCACUGGAGCUGAUUGACCGGUGUAUCGGGUCGCGGAUAUGGGUGAUCAUGAAGGGCGAUCGCGAGUUCACUGGUACACUCCUCGGUUUCGACGAUUUCGUCAACAUGGUUCUGGAAGAUGUGACAGAAUAUGAGACCACACCCCAAGGUCGGAAGAAAACACAAUUGACUCAAACAUUGUUGAACGGGAACAACAUAUGCAUGUUGAUACCUGGAAGUUCUGGUCCUGAGGACGCCUAA